GUACUAUUGAUUGAAAUGAAGGCAUAAAGUGAAGUGCUGGUUGUUACUUCAAGGUUUGCGAGCUCUCAGAAGCGCAGAUCACUGUUUUUUCGUCCGAAUCACUGAUGAACACAAAUGCGCGGGUGACAUAUGCGUGGCUAUUAGAUGUGUUGUUACACCAACACCUCAACAAGUCAUGUGCAUUGUGGCAGCUAUUUUUGUGUGGCUAACGAUUGUAACUACACUCGUUCAGAGGAAUCCGAUUUGCGCGGACGAAUAUGUACCCAAACGACUGGAAACAAAGACCGCGAAGACUGCCAAAACCGCAUAUUUCACAUCGUCAGUUAAUCAUUCCAAAAGGUCGGAUUACUAUGCUGGAACUGUGCCGUGCACAAUAUCAUGUUUUCUUAAUCCUCCGGAAUAUGAAAUUGUUUCAUGUGCCACGCAUGCCGGACAAGAUGGGAAAGGAAAUACUGAAAGCCGUAAAAUCAUAAAAUGCCAUCGAACCAAAGGUAGUGGUGAAAUAACCAUAGGCAACAAAGAGUCUGUUCGCGGGAUUCAACCUGGGACACUUGAAAGUUUGCUGUAUCUAGACGACGACUUUCUGCCAACGUCUGGUCAGCUCACCGUUCAUCUGAACGUGAAUAUGGUACGCCUGGACGCGAAGGUUUUUCAGGGAUUAGAUACCGUGGUCACAGAAGUACGCCUCCUGAACACGGUUCAAAUCCAUCCCGACAGCUUGCUAGAGCUCAGCCACUUGAGGGUGUUCGAAAUAGAAAGCGGUCAGAUACCAGUCCUCCUCGCAAACGAUGGCAAGGGAACUAAUCUCACUGAUAAACCAGUCAUAUCAGAUAAACCUGCUUAUCUUCGACUACUGCCAGCCGAUGCUGGUAUACCCGUAAGUUUUAACUUCGAAACCAGUUGUCACCGAUGUAAUCACCUAAAUUCCACCAAGGACGAUUACGUUGUAAUAUCAUUUAAAAAACCAAAUGUAGCCAAUGAACUCUCGGAAUUAUCAAAACAUUCAGCUUUUAGUAUUGUCUUUCCGCAAACUUGCCCACGCAUAUCACACGGGGCUGGUUGCAGUGAAUUUGGAUACGUUCCAGAUAUUACGGUUGAUGAUACACAUAGAUACGGUGAAGAAGGUGCAAGAUUGGCUUUCAAAGAAGCCAGACAGGUUUCAACUGAACAGUAUGCUCCAUCUCUUUUGAUACUUCUCAGUAUUUGGUGCAUCAUAUUAACACUGUUAACAUUAAUGAUAAUGGGCACGGCUUAUGUUUGCUUUCGACGAAUUUCGCACCGUAAGCCAACACCAAGAUGGCUGUCGGUUAUUUGUGCGAAUCAACAAUCCUCCCUUGAAGACAUGAGUUCCGGUUCCAUGAAUAGUGAGAUGUACAACAAGCCACCGAACAUCGGUGACCAUGAAUCUGGAAUUCUGAUAAACCCCCUUAUGAAUGAGUCACGCACUUCAUGGAAUAGUCUACAAAUAAGACCACGCAUAUCAAGAAGUGACCACAAUCUGAAAGACAAAGGAUUCAGGUCACAGAGAUUUAACUCGAUGAUGAACGGGCGGCGAAUAUACAGAACGGAACACAAUAGACGGAGUAUAGGGAGCCAGACUGACUUCACUGAUGUGGAUUCCGAAGUCGCAAUUUAUUCUAGCUUGCAACGAAGAGCUUUACCAUUUAAGGAUCCCAGUUUCAUGGAUCCCCCAUCAAGAGCAACCAGUCAGCAUGCACUGAGCAGAGUGCGGCAAUAUUUUCCGGGUGAUUCUGCUUCCCGAAGGAUGGAUAGAUUAAACAAAACAAGGCACUACGUAUUGGACUUUGGGUUGUCAGAUAUCCAUCCAACCGGCGAACAGACGGUGGAAUACAGCCACCAAACCGAGGGGUCUGAUGCAAAUAUGUGUAAAACCAGCAUUAUCCUCGGUCAUCCUACGGUUUACAACUUACCACCAGUUGCCCCCACCCAUCAGUUUGAUGGCCGUUUGCCAGCUAGAAAAUGGAAUAACAUGCUCGAUAACUGCACGUAAGAAUUUCGUGGAAUCUCCAUGCUAAAUGUUCUAUUAUUUUUUCAGUUAGUUCCAUUCAACGGCAGAUUAUUUUACGUUGCCUUGAGUUGUAUGGAACUCUAUGCCACCUGAUAUGCUGCCCUUUAUUCAAACUUAUUAAAUGAGCUAAAAUUUGUGUAAACACUUCAAGCUCGUUGUUAAAAUAAGAUUGCUUCUGCAUUC